UGGCCACGAGAUGAUAACACAACGACUCGGUCUGCAAGGUCUGCGGGCCAGAACAUCCCGCAAUCUUAUCCCUCUUCGAACCCCACGAUUAAGCCUCCGGGCCCUCACAUCCACUGCACAACGAUUCCAAGAUGUGUUCCACGCGCAGACUGAGGACCCCAAUACCUCUGCUAUUCUCUCCUCCCUAAAGACGCCCUCCAAAAUCCCACAAACCCUUACAGAAAAAAUUGUCCAACGGUAUUCCCUUGGCCUCACAGAGGGCAAGGUGGUGAAGUCCGGCGACUAUGUCACCCUCUCCCCUUUUCACUGCAUGACCCACGACAACUCAUGGCCCGUCGCCUUGAAGUUUAUGUCAAUCGGAGCCUCCAAGAUCCACGAUCCCAAGCAAAUUGUGAUGACCCUCGACCACGAUGUGCAAAAUAAGAGCGAAACGAAUUUGAAGAAGUACCGACAGAUUGAAGAGUUUGCUAAGAAGCAGGGUGUGGAUUUUUAUCCUGCUGGGCGAGGAAUUGGACAUCAAAUUAUGGUGGAAGAGGGAUAUGCGUGGCCGGGCACAAUGACAGUUGCCAGUGAUAGCCAUAGUAAUAUGUAUGGAGGUGUAGGUUGUCUGGGCACAGCUAUGGUUCGGACAGAUGCUGCGAGUAUAUGGGCUACGGGCAAGACGUGGUGGCAGAUUCCACCGAUUGCGAAGGUCACGUUGACGGGUGUGCUGCCGAAAGGAGUUACAGGAAAGGAUGUCAUCGUUGCGCUCUGCGGGCUCUUCAAUAAUGAUGAGGUCCUAAACCAUGCGAUUGAGUUCACGGGAAGUGAGCAGACUAUGCGGACUUUACCUGUGGAUGAUCGACUCGCGAUUGCGAACAUGACAACGGAAUGGGGUGCAUUGACUGGGUUGUUUCCAAUUGAUGGGAUGUUACAAGCAUGGCUGAGGGCGAAAGCUACAACUUCGGCGCUGUUCGAUGGCAAAGAUACUCGAUUUACACAUACACGGAUCGACCACUUGAUCCAGAACCAACUAGUGGCCGACAAGGGAGCUACAUAUGCCAAAUCCCUCUAUCUCAACCUUUCGACCCUCUCGCCCUACGUUUCAGGCCCCAACUCCGUCAAAAUCGCGACCCCAUUGCGAGACCUCGAAGCCAAAGACAUUAAACUCAACAAGGCGUACCUGGUGUCUUGCACCAACUCCCGAGCAUCGGAUCUUGCAGCUGCUGCCAAGGUCUUCAAGGAGGCAUCGGGAUUCGGCAAACCUGCCACGAUUGCUCCAGGCGUGGAGUUCUACAUUGCUGCAGCCUCUAUACCAGAACAAGAAGCAGCCGAAGAAGCAGGGGACUGGCAAGCUCUUCUCGAUGCUGGAGCCAAACCUCUUCCAGCUGGCUGCGGGCCCUGCAUCGGUCUUGGAACUGGACUCCUGGAGCCCGGAGAAGUUGGAAUCAGCGCCAGCAACAGGAAUUUCAAGGGCAGAAUGGGAAGCCCGGAUGCAAAGGCCUAUCUCGCCAGCCCAGAAGUCGUCGCUGCCAGUGCUUUGAGCGGGAAAAUCAGUGGCCCAGGAUGGUACGAGAAGCCUGUUGGUGUUGAGAAGGUUGUUCUCGGGGAAGGAAACGGUAUUGCAGACGAGGACAGAGCUAUCAGCAUCGAAGAAGCUCUAGACAAGUUGAUUGCCCAAGCAGAUUCUAUAAUUGAAUCUGCCGAGCAGAACAUUCUUGGCACGUCAACAGCAGCUGAGGAAGAAGUGGACGACAAAGCAUUAACAGCAAUUCUCCCUGGCUUCCCAGAAAAGGUAGAAGGGGAGAUCGUUUUUUGCGACGCGGAUAACAUCAACACCGACGGUAUCUACCCUGGAAAAUACACUUACCGAGACAAUGUCUCUGUUGAGAAGAUGGCAGAAGUGUGCAUGGAGAACUACGACCCAUCGUUCGGAUCCAUUGCCCGAGAAGGUGAUAUUUUGGUGUCUGGAUUUAACUUUGGAUGCGGAAGUUCAAGAGAGCAAGCUGCGACUGCAAUCCUCGCCAAGAAAAUCCCCAUGGUUGUAUCCGGAAGCUUUGGAAAUAUUUUCGCAAGGAACAGUAUCAACAAUGCGUUAAUGGGUGUCGAAGUCCCGCGGCUGGUGCAGAGACUGAGAGAGCACUUCAGCUCCACCAAUAUCAAGGAGCAGAUUGAUGUGAAGGAGCCAGCUGAGAAUAGGGAGAGUUUGGACAGCCCGCCACCAGCGCAGCAGGCAAGUCCAGUGGAGGAGAAAGUAUUGACGCGCAGGACGGGAUGGAAAUUUGUGUGGGAUGUGAGGAGAAGUAAGGUUUCCGUAACAGAGGGGGAAGGGGGCGAUACCUGGAGUCAGCAGGUCGGGGAAUUGCCGCCGAACGUGCAGGAGAUCAUUGCGAGGGGUGGGCUGGAGAAGUGGGUUAAGGCUGAGAUUGCGAACUCUUCAUGAUGAUUAGAGUUUCGCGAAUGUAGAAUACGGUACGGUAGUUUUGAUAGAAAUGGAUCUGUACCUCUGCAAGAUCAAGCUUCUGGUACGCGUUCCCGUCCGUCACUCCUCACAUGCUCGAUUCUCGAUCGCGUUUCUACUCUAAGAUGAUGCGGAUCCAACGGCAAUUACUCACUUACCCGAUUCUUUUGUCAUUCCAAAUCCGGCCAAUCUAUCAGAGU